AUGGCAUCGGGUAUUGCUAGAUCAAAGCUGAUGAAUUUCGCUUUCAGGUGCCAAUGGAAACCUGUGUCACUCAUUUAUCGUCCAGAGUGUUCCUCUGCAAAAUUUAGUCUUUCUGAUUACAAGUCUUUUAAGUUAGAUUCCACGCCAGCAAAUGAAACUGAAUGUAGUCGUGAUGAUGCACUUAGAUACCUCGAGAGUCUUCACCGUAUUCGUAGAAUGGAAACGGCACUAGGUAACAUGUAUAAAGAAAAGCUCAUUCGCGGUUUCUGUCAUCUAUACUCGGGUCAGGAAGCAGUUGCAGUUGGUAUUGAGGCUGCUUUACAGCCAGGCGAUACAAUUAUCACUGCUUAUCGCUGCCACGGCUUUACAAUGACUCGCGGUGUUCCUGUCCACAAUAUAGUUGCAGAGCUCGCAGGAAGGAGGACUGGAUGCACAAAAGGGUUAGGGGGCAGUAUGCAUCUUUACGCAAAAGAUUUCUAUGGUGGUAAUGGCAUCGUUGGAGCUCAGGUUCCUUUAGGUGUUGGAAUAGCAUUACGUAUGAAACAUCGUGGGGAAAAGUUUGUCUCUGUAACUCUUUAUGGAGAUGGUGCGGCUAACCAGGGACAGGUGUUUGAAGCCUUUAAUAUAGCGAAGUUAUGGAAUCUUCCUGUGAUUUUUAUUUGUGAAAAUAAUAAAUAUGGUAUGGGUACAUCUGUGCAGCGUUCAUCAGCAAAUACUAAUUACUAUACUCGUGGAGAUUACAUUCCUGGAUUAUGGGUUGAUGGUAUGGAUAUACUUACUGUUAGAGAAGCCACACGUUUCGCUGCUGAUUGGUGUCGUUCUGACAAAGGACCAAUACUGUUAGAAACAGAGACUUAUCGUUACCAUGGUCAUAGUAUGAGCGACCCAGGCACUAGUUAUCGUACACGUGAAGAAGUUCAGUCUAUGAGGCGUGGACGAGAUCCUAUCGCUUUAUUUCAGAAGAGCAUUGUGGACAAUGGGCUAUGUACACAGGAUGAAGUUAAGGAGAUCGAAAAAAGGGUUCGAACUGAAGUAGAUAAAGAAGUAGAAAGGGCGAUGAGCGACUCAGAACCACCACUAGAGAUGAUGUUUGGAAAUAUUUACCAUGGGAUACCUCCAAACUACAAGAUUCGCGGUUGUGAUUUAAAAACUUGGGGUUCACCAUUUGUCACUAAGUAG